AUGAAGCACUGCAUGUAUGUGCGUCACACCAUGAAGCACUGCAUGUAUGUGCGUCACACCAUGAAGCACUACAUGUAUGUGCGUCACACCAUGAAGCACUACAUGUAUGUGCGUCACACCAUGAAGCACUGCAUGUAUGUGCGUCACACCAUGAAGCACUGCAUGUAUGUGCGUCACACCAUGAAGCACUGCAUGUAUGUGCGUCACACCAUGAAGCACUGCAUGUAUGUGCGUCACACCAUGAAGCACUGCAUGUAUGUGCGUCACACCAUGAAGCACUACAUGUAUGUGCGUCACACCAUGAAGCACUGCAUGUAUGUGCGUCACACCAUGAAGCACUACAUGUAUGUGCGUCACACCAUGAAGCACUACAUGUAUGUGCGUCACACCAUGAAGCACUGCAUGUAUGUGCGUCACACCAUGAAGCACUGCAUGUAUGUGCGUCACACCAUGAAGCACUGCAUGUAUGUGCGUCACACCAUGAAGCACUGCAUGUAUGUGUGUCACACCAUGAAGCACUGCAUGUAUGUGUGUCACACCAUGAAGCACUGCAUGUAUGUGCGUCACACCAUGAAGCACUGCAUGUAUGUGUGUCACACCAUGAAGCACUACAUGUAUGUGCGUCACACCAUGAAGCACUGCAUGUAUGUGCGUCACACCAUGAAGCACUGCAUGUAUGUGCGUCACACCAUGAAGCACUACAUGUAUGUGCGUCACACCAUGAAGCACUACAUGUAUGUGCGUCACACCAUGAAGCACUGCAUGUAUGUGCGUCACACCAUGAAGCACUGCAUGUAUGUGCGUCACAUCAUGAAGCCCUACAUGUAUGUGUGUCACACCAUGAAGCACUGCAUGUUUGUGUGUCACACCAUGAAGCACUGCAUGUACGUGCGUCACACCAUGAAGCAUUACAUGUAUGUGCUUCACACCAUGAAGCACUACAUAUAUGUGCGUCACACAAUGAAGCACUACAUGUAUGUACGUCACACAAUGACGCACUACAUGUAUGUGCGUCACACAAUGAAGCACUACAUGUAUGUGCGUCACAUCAUGAAGCCCUACAGGUAUGUGUCACACCAUGAAGCACUGCAUGUAUGUGCGUAA